GUAUCGUUUGUUUGGUCUUUGAUUCAAAAGUUGAUGAAAAGAGACAAUUCGUGACGCAAUCGACGGUAAUGUCAUACCGCGGAAGAAGCACUUUCUUCGUGAUUAUCAAUCGAUUCGUAGACUCGUUAAGACCCAAGAACUUGAGGUCAAACGUGAAACACAUGGGAAGCGAUUAUUUGGGAAACAAUUACUUCGAGAAUCAUUCAAAACAGUUAUUUGACGCCAAAUCACAACCCAAACGAUGGUUCAAACCUCCGCACGAAGACCUCUGGGACAGAGAGUUACCCCCGGAAUGGAAUUCAUGGCUAAGACAGACGCGAACGGAUCCGCCGACCACUGAAGAGAUUGAAUACAAUCUGUCGGUCGAGAGGAAGAAGAAAGAGUUGGACGCGAAGAGCAAACCAGUGGAAAGGGAGGAAAGGGAUCGCAAAACACACGGCUUCUCUAAUUUUCCCACUUAUGAAGAAUACGAUGACUUCUCGGGAACGAAGACAUCGAAGACAUCAAAACGGAAUAAAGACAACACUUGAAGACAAACUCUUGAAUACUUUAUUCAUAGAAACUUUUGG